GAUUAGGGGCAGACGUCUAUUUUUAAAAAUCACAGGGGGCUCUUGCUUUUUGGUCGAAAUGUGCGGUGGAGUUUUCUAAUUGAUUUCCUCCGGGAUUUGUGCUGGACACACGAGGAAACGCAAUAUAAAUAGACGUAUAAGUCGUGCCAUCUUCGCCGGGAGAGGUCGUAAAUUAUUCUUGUGUACAAGUUGAGGAGGCAAAAAAGAGGACAGCAAACAUGGAUCCGGAGGCAUUCUUAGAUAUGGCUAAUCAAGUCAUAAAAAUCAAGAUGUUCCCGUACUUCGAUAUAGCACAUAGCUUAUUGUGCGCUCUGUCAGUACGUGAAGAUCUGGGAGCCGGUGCUCAAGCCUUCUCCCGGAAACACCCGCUGGCCUGCUGGCUCUCGACGAUGCUGGUGAUUUUCGCUGGCGGAAUGGUGGCCAAUGGGCUUCUCGGUGAACCUAUCCUGGCACCACUAAAGAACACACCGCAACUGCUUGUGGGCACAGUUGUGUGGUACAUCGUGUUCUACACGCCUUUCGACAUUGGCUACAAAGUCGGCAAGUUCCUGCCCAUCAAGAUCGUUGCCAGUGCCAUGAAGGAAAUCUACCGCGCCAAAAAGAUCCACGACGGAGUCACUCAUGCUGCCAAACUCUAUCCCAACGCAUUUAUCAUCAUGAUUAUCAUUGGUACGCUCAAAGGCAAUGGAGCUGGUUUCACGAAGCUCAUCGAGAGGCUCAUCCGUGGCGCAUGGACGCCAACUGCCAUGGAAUUUAUGCAGCCCAGUUUCUACACAAAAGCUUCCCUCGUGGCUUCGAUCAUUUUCGUGUUGGACAAGAAGACUGAUUUAAUAUCCGCACCACAUGCCCUCGUCUACUUUGGCAUUGUCAUCUUCCUGGUGUACUUCAAGCUCUCGUCAAUUCUCCUCGGCAUCCAUGAUCCCUUCAUACCCUUUGAGAACCUCUUCUGUGCUCUCUUCUUGGGUGGCAUUUGGGACAGCUUGGCCAAGCUUCUGGGCCGCGGACAGGCCAAGGAGGAGACAAAAGAUGCCAAGAAGACAAAUUAAAGCCCAUCGCGAACAUCACAGAACAAUGUCAAAGGUAAUCGUUGGUAUUUCGACCAAAAUUAGAGAGUUGUUUCUCUUGAUGCGAUUCAGCAUCGGCGUCAUCAUCUAGUCAGACAAAUUUUACAAAUUGACGACAUUUUUUUUUGCAAUGUCCAAUAUAUUUGACGUGCAAUCAAAAAUUAAUGUGGGUGAUUUUUGACUGCACAAAAAAUAUUUUGUGCCAAAUUUUUUUUGUAACGGUAAUUGGACAAAAUUUUCGUACGACAAAUUUGGUAAAUUGUAAACGAUAACAAUAAAGAUUGUUGGAAGGGUC